UGGUGUGAGCUGUUUGGCCACCGGAGCCAAUCGAAAGCUGGGGCUUGAUCCUCUCCUCGGGCAGUGGCUGAGAGCAGCCAGUGCCGAGCUCCCCCCUCCGCCGCCGGGACCCGGCGAAGCCGCCUCACUCGCUCCGGGCACCGCGCUCCCGCAGCGGGCGCCUAUGGGCAUCCGCACCGCGCCGGGGCUGCGCACCACCGCCGGCGGGCGACGACGGCGACCCCGCUGCACGCCGCCUCUGGAUCUAUAGCCGGCAGGACGGAGCGCGCCGCAGACCCUUCCCCGCCUCGCUGCAGGAUGAUUUGGAAAUUUGCCUUGUCGGUCUUCCUGAUGGCAGCACUGGUUAGACUAACAGACACCAGGAAAAACCGCCCUGCGGGAGCCAUCCCCUCCCCAUACAAAGACAGCAGCAGCAACAACUCAGAAAGGAGGCAGCAGCUGAAUAAGGAAGUGCUGGCCUCCAGCCAGGAGGCCCUUGUGGUCACCGAAAGGAAGUACCUCAAGAGCGACUGGUGCAAAACGCAGCCUCUGCGGCAGACUGUCAGUGAGGAGGGCUGCAUAAGCCGCACCAUCAUCAACCGCUUCUGCUAUGGACAGUGCAACUCUUUCUACAUACCGCGGCAUGUGAAAAAGGAGGAGGAAUCCUUCCAAUCCUGUGCUUUCUGCAAGCCGCAUAAGGUCACCUCUUCAACGGUGCAGCUGGAGUGCCCUGAGUUGGACCCACCUUUCCGACUCAAGAAAAUUCAGAAGGUGAAGCAGUGCCGCUGCAUGUCUGUGAAUUUGAACAACUCGGGCAAACUGUGAGAGCAGGGCUAUCAAGCUACUGCUUGGUGUUGUCUCCGCAAGACCUACUGCUGCCUCUCCUCUCCUGUUGGGCAAACUGUCCAUUUUUUUAUUAUUAUUAUUUUUUAUUUUUAUUUUGUAUUUUUCAUUUUUUUGUUUGCUUGUUUUUUUUGUUGUUGUUUUGUUUUGGUUUUGGUUUUGGUUUCUUUCAGAAGGCAUCUCUCCAGCAAGGAAAGGUUCCUUGUCACUUGCCUACUGGAAUAAAGCUUUUUAAUGGGCUGUGUUAUGCACUUCGCUAUAAAGUUUCAGCGUAUGUCCAGUAUCAUCUGGCUGUUGAGUCUUCCAGAGUGGAGCAGGCUUCCAGAAGUUGGGAUCGAUCAUCUAAGUGACCAGUUGGCUGAAUCCAUAAUUAAAUGUUUCCACUGUGUGGAGUAAAGCCCCCUGCCCUACACUCCAGUCCCUUCCACGAGAAGAGAGCGUCUUCCUGGGCAUUGGUCUGGAGCUUGCUACACUCACUUUGAUGUGCUGGGGUGCGGCCUGGAACCAGGUGAUGCAGACAAGGAGAGUUGCAAGGAGUAACACGCAGAAAGAGAGACCCUCUGAUGAGGCUCAGCUUCUUAAGACAGCUUUAAUUGUGCAAUGACAAACUGUUCGGGGCUUGUAGUCUGAACUGCAGAUGAGAACUGAAGGGGAGAGGGCGAAGCAUCAGGUCAGCCACCGUGAUCACAUCAGCAGAUUGAAGAUGGUUUCUUUAUACUGCUAUGGCUGGAAUACACUGAACACGUGAUCUCUGCAGCAGUGUUUGUUUAGUAACCUAGCUAUAGUAAACAGCUGUUUAAAGUAUUAUAGACCUAGCCAUGUAUAUUUUUCUUGUGGCAGACUAUGCCAGAGAUUAAAAUGUGUUGAGUAAGAGACUUGGUUGCUAGGUCAGCUGCCUAGCUUAAAAUGAACAUUUAAACUAGGCUUUCAGUAGGUUUUGUGUGCUAUAUAUGUGUGUGUUUCUUACUUCAAAAUGACAACAUCCAUUUAUUACCUUAUAUUUAUGCCUGCUCAGAUUGGGGAAGGUGGAUGGGUUGUGGGAGAGGAGCUGAGAAUGCUAACAGUGUUUCACUUAUGGUAUAAAAGCCCUGUUGCACAAAGAACAAAAUUUGGUCAUUGCUGGUCCCAAUGCAAAAGCUGCCUUAUGCAUUAGUGUCAUCAGGUGUUGGGAAUGGCACCUCUGCCAUGACUGGAAACCAUGUUAACAUGUUAGAGUUGAAGGACAGACCCAUCAGUCAGUGUUGCAGGAAUGGGUCACAGCUGUAUGAGCAGAGGGAGAGUCAGUGGUAAUCACUACAGCUCUGGUGGUCCACUGUGCUUUUGAGUUCUACAUAAUCAAGUGUUGGUGAACACUUGCAGUUCGUUUUGAUCAUACUAUGUUGUUAUUCAGUUGGUGGAGUUUAGCAUGUCCUGUAUAUCCUGUUUGUUCCAGUUCUGAUCUGUAUUAGUACCAGCUGCAUUAAAAUCCUAAGAUGUCUAAAAACAAACCAGCCCCUUUCCCCAAACCAAAGCCUAUGCAUGCUCAAUUGUCUGAAGCUUACAAAUUAAAAAUGACAAGUUGACUCCCUGAUGCAUGAAUUAGGGUUCAGCAUCUGCAUCUACUGAAACCAGCUUGCUGUGAGAACUCUUUCCUAGCAGCCUUUUUACAUGCAGCCACUUCAAGGGGUUAACAUGUUUAGGCCUCUGGCCAGCCAAAGAGUUUAGUGCCACAUUAUGUGAGACAGGCUGCUCUAAGAGGCUUUUGGGACUGAGCUCCACAAGAGCUCACCAAGCGGUUUAUGGGGAUUGGCACGGGCAGGAUGAGGUUGGUCAGGUAUGUUAGCCCUAUUAGGUGAACAGCCAUAGGUUUUCUGCUGUGAUCGUUCAGAUGUGCACAUGGAGACCCCUCACACUGGGUUGCUUUAGAGGCUGUCACUGCGAUGCUGCCAGAGUCAUACCAGCCACCAAACAGGCAAUGUUCAUUCUAGGCUUAAUAGUAUUGAUUUGGGUGUGGGGGAAGGUGGCAAUAGCCGCUCCAAGGAUCUCAGUCUCCACUUGAAAGAAAUGAACUGAAAGGCAUUUUGGACUGGAGAGAGAAAAAUACCCUAGUGACUUCAGUUAGGAAAAAUGUGCAGGAAUCUUUAUCUUUAAGCUAUGCCCUGCCUUUUUUUUUUUUUUUUUUUUCACCAGAUUGCAAUAUAAAUAUGCUGCAGCGUAAAGCUCCUUCUAGGAGCUGUGUUUAUGUAAAAAUUGAGUUGAGCUUGUAAUGGUUAAAACUGUAUUUAAUUCUUGUUUUAUAAAUGAAAACAAAAAUUAAGAAAUGCUUUAAGUAUAAUGUAAUUAUUUUAUAGGUCUACUAUUAAAUUAUAGAUUAAAUAAUAAAGCUACUAUAGGGUUAUAUGGCAUUCAGGUGUACAGGCUUUGCUUCCACACCUUGUGUCCAGCCACUCUCUAAUCAGUAUAUUUUCCAGCUUCCUUUUGACCUUACUAGAUGCAGGUAAAUGGAUUGUCCUAACAGCCUGGGAAAGCCUAGCUACUUCUCCCCUUGUACCCUACUCCACCGCUCCACUGCAAAGUAACCUGCAAGUGAAGAGAUGAAAAAAGAUUGAACUAACAGCAGAUUCUGGAGUCAUUUAUUCAUGUACAAAUUCUGGCCUUUUUUUGGUUAACUGAUGAGGGCAACCAAAGCUCCAUCAUUGGCUGAACUGCUGACAUCAUUUGUGGUAAGAGAAGUAACUAAUAUCUCAACCUAAGUGAUUUUACUUAAAAUGCAGGUAAAUCCUUAUGUAAUAGGCAUGAACAUACCCCAUAGGAAAAAAAAAAAAAAAAAAAAAAGAAAAAAUAUCUAUGUCGAGAUAUAAGUGAGUUUGAACUCUUGCUAUCAACUCGUGAAGGAGUACACUGUACGGAUCUUAAAGUAUAGGGUAGUGUGUAUUAUUUGCUCAUUUGUUUGCUUGUUUUCAACCCAGGGAAAAGGUAGCUACAAAAUAAUCUUGAAGGAAAACAUGAGUGAGUCAUCAUGUGGCCAGAAGAGAUGCCAGUCAUGGGCCUUGAAAGAAGCACCUAGACCACAACUAGCAAUGGAGGGCUGUUUUUUUUAUGGCAGAGUAACUGACAUCUGCAGAAACCCUUUGCUGUCUUCCUUUACCCCUAUGUCUUGACCAAAUCCUCUCAUAGUUCACCAAUUUAAUUUGUGAGUUUGGGAGUUUUCCUUGUUUGGUUUUUAAGUAAUUUGGUUUUACUGUUCUGCUGUGCUUUCACUACCUAAGUGUGGUCAGGGCCCUCUGCUCAGAACCUGCAACUGACUCUGUCACUUAGCUCAAAAGAAGCUCAGGCAGCCAUUUCCUCCAACACCCCACUCUCGUUUCUGCCCAUCUCUUAGCCACUGCCAUGCUUUUCCAGUAGCUUCAUUGCCCAGCACCCACCUGAACUGUUUGCAUUACAGCCUAGAUUCCAGCUUGGCUCUCCCUGCCUCUAGCUGCCUGACUACCAAAGCGUACCAGAGGUUUACACAGUAAUCCAAUAAAGUCCCUGUCGUGGAAGCAGUCCAAGACCAAGGCAAAAACUCCCAGCAUCGACGGAAGAGGCACUAGGUCAGACAGAUCCUGUAUUUCUUAAAUGUGACUAAUGUUAGCUCUACCACUGUAGAACUGCUGACUUGGUAGGGCACCAGUCUGUGAUGAGUGACAAAUGAAGACUCCCAGUUUCUAAGAGCUUAAAUUUGAGCUACAGCUGAGAAUAAAUAAGAAAAUAGUUUUGACUCAAGAGAAAGUUUAUCUUUCUUUACCUUCAGAGAGACACCAUGCUUUUGAGACAAUGGACUUACAAUUACAAGCCUUUACAAGUAGGUUGGAUGAAUGUUUAUCAGAUACAGAUGGGUCUGCCAUAAGCAAGAUAAUAGCCUGGAAAAUCCGUUCCAUAAUGUGAGUCCCAUUUGACUGAUGGGCAGUAGAUCUGAAUGACAUUGGGCAUUCUUUUUUGUUUUCUUCCUUUGUUGACCACUUCAUAUUACCUUCAGAAAAAUUCAGCUCUAUCAGUUUUCGCUUAUUCUAUCUACAGCAUUUUAAAUUUGGUGUAACUUAAGUAACUGAUAUAAGUGACUUGGCAUAAACUCAGUUCUCCUUAUUAACCUAGAGCAUGAAAGAAAAUAAUUGCAAUGAAAAGACUUGCUACAUCUUCACUCAAUGAAAUUAAUAACUGCUUCCAGCUUCUUAAGCUGAUCACUGAAAAAUCAGGCAAGAAAAAAUGACAACAUAUGGAAGAUAUUACUAAUUGCAUUCCCAAUACCACUGUUGGUUAAUACUUAAUUGACUUUUGGAAGUGCUUUGGGAUGAUGAAAGUUGCUACAAAAAAGCUAACCACUACUGCGUCAUAACACAUAAGACAAAGUACCAUGCUUCUGAAAGACUUUAAUUUGUAAAGAAAAACAACACAAAUCCUCAUAAAAAAAAAAAAAAAAGACUUUUAUUCUCACACAAAGUUACAUCCACUACUCAGGUAUGAAAGUUCUUAUUUAGCUGCUGCAAUUUAAGCAACUGAGUGACAUAAGAUUCACAAUCAACAAAGGUUCAGAACAUGUGUCAUGUUUGAUGUUGCAAUAAACAGGGGGUGAAGGGACCUAAAGGGCUAUUCUGUCUCUUAAAAAAACCAAACAUACCCAAACAAACAAACAAAAUAACAUUAGGCCAGAAUUCUGUAAAAAGCCAAGUGUGCCACUGAACAAAAUAGCAAUGGUGUGAGUUAGGCUGGGAUUCCACUGUGGGAGUGCUGUAGGUCAGCUUUGAUGCUGCACGUAAUGGGCUACUUUACUCUGUAUAGAAGUUAAAAUAACUGUUUCCAACCUGUUUUCAAGAGACAUGCUCAAAUAGGUUGAGCCAGAGCACAAAGAAAGAAGAAAAUCUACGUAGCAGCUUGUUUCUUCAGAUCAUAGCAUGGUACUGCCAGCUGCAGUGAGCCUUUGACAGAAUUGCAAAUAACUUUUAGCAUCUGUGUGGCAGAUCCUGUGAAAAGGGUAGCAUGUACGUAUGUUAAUAUGUAUGUAACAGUACUACAAGGUUGUUGGACUUAUAUGAAAUGUCUUUAAUGAUGUAAAACAGCAUAUACAUAUUUUCAUAAGUACGUAUAUAAAAUACAUAAUAUGAAGAUGAUACUUUUGAAAGCAUGUUUUUGUCCAGAUAGGAAUUUCAUGAGCCUGUUGGCCGUGUUAAUAGGAACAGGCACUGUAUGCAGUGUUAAUAGGAACAAGUUAAAGGCGCUUUUGUAGUAAGAAUGCAGUCAGGCUUCUAUUGUGUAUUAAAUCAGCUCCACAACCGCAAAGAGAUGGAUUUGAACCACCUAAGCCUAAUGCAGUACUGGAAGGUAUGCAGAAGCCAAAGAAGUGAGUGAUACAGUCUGACUGGGUAAAGGACUCUGAAGGUCCUCACUAUCCGCCCCUGGGGAAGAAGUUAUAUGUCUACAUAACCUGGAAUUACUGUCACUGUGCUUCCAAAUGGCAAGGAAAGAGAAUCCUUGUUUCUACUGAUCCUUUCACAAAGGCUUUUCCUUGAUGAGAAGUGGUGCUUAGGGAGUGAAUGGUUGCAAGCAAACUACAGCACAGCGGGAGAGUGAAGAGAGAAGGCAACUACUUUGUUAUUAUUUAUUUUAUUUUCAUAUAAAUUAACAUUCUAAAAAAAUUGAAAUAGAAACACUAAAUACAGUAUUGCACAUAGUGAUCUUUGUUAGAUGAUCUAUUAUUUCAUUUAGUAUAGUAAUAUACAUACUGUAGGUACUGAAGGAAACAGGAAGGCUACAAAUGAAAACAUGCUACUGUAUCCUUGCACUUAGGAGCAAAGUUAAGAGGAAAAGACUAUUGUUUACAUAAAUACAAACAUGGAUUUGAAUCAGUGCCAUUAAAAUAGCUUUAUUUUUUAAAGAUAUUUUUUUUUUCCAUAAGUUAGUUGUAACAACAAAUAAUCUCUUCUUUUCACUUCCCCAAAUAGUAAUGUUACUCCCAUCAACACAAAGUUUGAGAACUCUAUUCUUGGUAAUUUAUAUCCCUGCCAGAAAUUAUUACAACGGAAUUUCAAAUAGGUUUGUCAGCAACAGGAGACUUGCUUUUCACAUAGUGAAAAAAAAAAAACAUCAUUUCUAGUGCUUGGUAUAUGUGAAGAAUAACAGAUUCCUGAGGUCAAAUUUCACACUUUCUUUCAUGACACCUUGUAUAAUAUAUUAGCCUCUGGACCACUAGGAAUGUCUCAUAAUGUGCUAGAUUAGACAGGGAACAACACAGCCCAGCAGGUUAGACCUCAUUUGCUUUACCCCAGUGUCUUUUAGGCUCCAAGGCUGUGAACAUAUGCAUCUAGUUCAUUUGCACACACUGGUUACUUUCAGGAAAAGCCAGCCAUGAAAGCAAAAUGUUAUCAAUCAGGCUGAUUAGUUUGGAGCUAUUUAUUUAAGACCGGAGGAACAGGUUGUUGCUGGUUGAGCAUAUCAAGGCUGAUAUAGUAAAUUCUGGAUUGAAAAUAGGAAUUAAGCACGUGGUCUAAAAUGGAAGCCCUAAGUCAUAGAUUUCAAUCAUUGGCCUCCUAGGCAGGGAGACUGAAAGCCUGGAGGAAAAGUCUGCAAUUACGUUAAGUGUGAAAUUGAUGUCAAUUAGUUGGUAGUCUAAGUCUGUCACUAGAAUUGGCUACUGUUUUCCAUAAAUGUCAGUCUCCAUGUGCAUCUUUUAACGGCUCUCUAAAGGAGUUUUAAAUUAACUGUAAAGCUAAUUCCAAAAGGGAAUUCAUGUACAUGUGACUGAAAUUCUGCCUGACAUAACUGAUCAGCAGUUAAAACUAUACUAUACCUUCUAAAGUUCAUGUAAAAGUAUUAGCUACUUAUAAUGUUAACAAACUAUAAUAGCCAAAUCUCUCAUACUCUCUAUAGUACUUCUGUGCUUUUCUGUAUCUUCCUGCCUUUUUUUUUUUUUUUUUUUUUUUUUAAAUGCUGUAUUUCUGACCCACCCAUUACCACCUGACAUUCACUAUCUGGCAAAAGAUGAAGUAAAAGUAUGCUGCCUUAUCGAUUUUAAAGAUAGUUAUAGUAAACAUCUUGUUCCACAAAUAUUUAGUCAUGGAGGGCAACCAAACGAGUUGGGAAAGCAUUGAUUAUACUGUAUAAACAGCACUUAACGAUUCAAAAUACAAACUACAAAUGCCAACAUGAAACGGAUACAAACAAUUCACUAGGAGUAACAUUUCUUUCCCUAAUCUAAGUUUAGUGCCAUGAAGUAUUUGUGUUAGACAGAUGUUGCCAGUAGGAAUGGAAAUGUUUUAUUUUAUCAAGUAGCAUUCUUAUGAAGUUCAACUUAAUGCAAUUUCCAGCAUGUUCAGAACUGAUGCAGAUGCUGCUUUUUAUGCAUGCUGACUUGGCCUAUUUGUAAUAUACCAUACACUUAACAAAAUAUCAUUUUUGAGUGGAAAAGGAGAUACAGAGUACAAGGAAGGUGUUUCAAGUCCAUACCUAGUCUAUUGCUGGGCACUCCAUUAAAGUGAUUACACUCAUUCAUGAACAUAUAUUAACACAUCAAUUGGUGGAAAACUCCAGAGAACAAAAAGCAAAUUCAAAAAGGUCAAGAAAGCAAAUGAUCAGGAUGAUGUAGUUUCCUUCCCCUUCACCCCCCACCCACAGACAUGUUGAGUUUUGGUAACCAGGUAACAAUGGCUUUUGCUUUUCUUCUCUCAGAUUUUCAUACUUAUCUUGGCUUUCUGAAAAAUAAUAAAUAAUAA